AUGAGGCAUCCUGAGGGAGAAAAAAGUAGAGAGAGAGAGAGAAAAAGAUAUCUACCUUAGGGAAGAACCUCAGAGAGAGGGAGGGAAGGAGAGGACGGGUAGGAGCGUGUGUGCAUGUGUGUGAGAGACACUUAUUCUCUUAACUACUAGGAGACAGACACACUUUCCUGGCCCGACUCAAAGAAGGGGGGAAAACAGGAGGAAGAUCUUUUUUUUUUUUUUUGCUCAAUAUCAUUUUAAUCUUCCCCCCUCAUCCAACAAUCAAGCUGCCCUAAAGCUUCCCUUCUCUUUCCUGGAAACUCUUUCUUCAUUGCCUGCUGGAAGUUGUUCUAUGUAUUGAUCCAUUUACCCUCUCACACACUUUACAAGGCUUACCUCAUGGAUUUGUAUCUGAUUGGAUAUUUGAUGUGUGUGUGGUUGUCCAGCUCACGGGUGCUUGGAGGCUAUCCCAUCUGGUGGUCCCUGGCCCUUGGGCAGCAGUACUCGUCUCUGGGCUCCCAACCCAUCCUGUGCGGCUCCAUCCCCGGCCUGGUGCCCAAGCAGCUGCGCUUCUGUCGCAACUACAUCGAGAUCAUGCCCAGCGUCGCCGAGGGCGUCAAGCUCGGGAUCCAGGAGUGCCAGCACCAGUUCAGGGGCCGCAGAUGGAACUGCACCACCAUCAAGGACAACCUGGCCAUCUUUGGCCCCGUGCUAGAUAAAGCGACCAGAGAGUCGGCGUUCGUCCACGCCAUAGCUUCGGCUGGCGUUGCCUUCGCGGUGACGCGCUCCUGCGCCGAGGGCACGUCCACCAUGUGCGGCUGCGAUUCCCACCACAAGGGGCCUCCCGGGGAGGGCUGGAAGUGGGGCGGCUGCAGCGAGGACGCAGAGUUCGGGGUGCUGGUGUCCAGGGAGUUCGCUGACGCCAGGGAGAAUCGGCCAGACGCUCGCUCGGCAAUGAACCGGCACAACAAUGAGGCAGGACGGACGACCAUCCUCGACCACAUGCACCUACGCUGCAAAUGUCACGGCCUGUCGGGAAGCUGCGAGGUGAAGACGUGCUGGUGGGCCCAGCCGGAUUUCCGCAUGCUGGGCGACUACCUGAAGGACAAGUACGACAGCGCCUCGGAGAUGGUGGUGGAGAAGCACCGCGAGUCACGAGGCUGGGUGGAGACGCUACGAGUCAAGUACAACUUCUUCAAGCACCCAACCGAGCGCGACCUGGUCUACUACGAGGGCUCGCCCAACUUCUGCGAGCCCAACCCGGAGACCGGCUCCUUCGGGACUCGAGACCGGGCCUGCAACGUGUCGUCGCACGGCAUCGAGGGCUGCGACCUGCUGUGCUGCGGGCGUGGUCACAACACCCGGACUGAGAAGCGCAAGGAGAAGUGCCACUGCAUCUUCCACUGGUGCUGCUACGUCAGCUGUCAGGAGUGCGUGCGCGUCUACGACGUUCACACGUGCAAGUGAGAGCGCGCUCGGACAAACUGACUGCUGGACUACAAGUGCUGCCCACCCACACUUCAACACCCACAACUCCUGCACGACGUCUUCAAGAAACAUAUUCAUCAGCACACACACUCAGGCCUGACUGGCACAUCAGUAAUGGAUAGUUCUAUAGAAACCUCCUCCUUUAGAACCCGUCUUCCAAACCACUACACCCAUUUCCAUAAUAUCUGAGCAGAACGUGUCCUGUGUCGACCCGGCUGAUCCAGUCGACUCUCAUGGGAAGAAGCCAGAGUUGUGCCACUCUCCUCCUCCCCCCCCUCGCCCCUGCAGCAUUGGGCCACGACCCCCUUCCACCGUCCCCUCCUCCUCCCUCCCCUCCUUGUCUUUAUUUAUUUCCCCCCUCCAUGCCAACACGAUGUCUGCGGCAUGUACAGUAACACUUUUUACCUGUGAGAUUAAUGCAGUAAAAAAAAAAAGGAAAAAAAAGAAACUUUCAGACUCUCUUUGCUUUUUGAAUAAAAAGCAUCUUCUAACUAACACCUCACUUCUCUGAGCCGAGUCUGGUCGGUUUACUUUUUGUUUGUUUGUCUGUUUGAAACUAAACCAACCUCUACACCGUGAUACUGAACACGUCGGCAGCCCCAGGAAACCAUCACUUUGUGACUACUGAACCGAACUGAAACGCAGCACAGGCAGGUGUUGGAAGUGCCGCAGUCCUGUCUUUUGUUAACUACUGAGCUGAUGAAAUCCUCAGUGUUGCUACUCCCUGCUGACUGACUCGACUGCACCAGUCAACCCCGGGAAAAGCCUGGAAGAUAUAUGCUACAGCGCUGAUUUUUAUUGCCCUGCAUUUCUGAAAUAUUACCAUUGGGCUGGGACUGGAGGUAUGCAGCAUGUGUGUGAACAAGCAUGCUCAUUCCACUAACUAAGAACCCUACACAUGUAUAUUUAUGCACUAUUCAAUAACUCCAGGUGGUAAACAUUUGAGCGUUGUUCUUCUUCCAUGCAAGGUAGCAGUUCUUGUGAAUGACGCCCUGUGGUUAAGGAGAAAGACGGCGCUCGAAUGACACGAGUAGAAGAUAAUUUACGGCUGUUUGGUUUUUAAAUUUAUGCAUCGAACUCGAGUCAAGCUUUAGCAUGCUUAAAAAUAAUUCUGAGCAAAAUCUUUUUUUAUCUAACACUUCAUCAGGUCCAUCUUAGAGACGUUUUGUCUGAAGCUUUCUUUCAUCACUGUAAAAAAAAAAGAAGAGAGAGAAAAAGGGGGACAUGUGACGACAUGUGGAGACCAGAGUAGGUUCUGAUUGGCUUUCACGUCCUUCCUUUACUUCUCUCCAACUCAGUAGGACAGUUGAGGUUUUUAAAGAAGCUUGAUUUAUGAACUUGUACUCUUGUCAGUAGACCCCAAAACCGGCCCGCUGUUUUGGAGAUAUUGGGAAGAACAAAAUACUGUAAUUUAGACAAAAUAUUGUCGUCAGGAGACGUGGACGUCAGCCCGGGUGAUGCUGACUUCUGGUUUUUUUUU